CGUCUCUUCGCUUUCGAUUUUGUUAAUAAUCGGACAACUUCGAACUUGUUUCGACGAACUUCGACCACCGAACGAGGAAUGCCAUCGACUGUUUGGCGUCUACAACCCUAAUUACCACCGGACGUGGAAUCCCUAUUAGUCAAAUUUCUCUCAAAGUCUCCAACUGAUCCAAACACUGUUGCUUCCCUUUCUCUUCUGUCUGUCUCUCUACAUGUGUGUGAACACGAAAUUGGAAACAGUGUGGGUUUUCUGAGUUCUUUGCUUUCGAGCAUUGGAGUGUCUAGAACCACCCCAUAGCAGGGGGAUUGAUUUUAGGAUGACGGAGCAGGUUACAGCAGAAAUGGAGGAGAAAAAGCCGUUAAAAAUGGAAAGUCAAGUGGAUCUAUGUCGAAAAGAGAGGAGAAAAAUUGCAAAGAAGCUAAAGAGGAAGCAGAUUAGGAGAGAGAUUGCACUGAAGGAACGGGAAGAAGAAGAAGCUCGAUUGAAUGAUCCCGAAGAACAGCUUAGGAUUCGUUUAAAGGAACAAGAAGAGGCUAAGGUAUUGGAAAGGGAGAGGAAAGCAUUUGAAGAACGUGAGAGGUUGUGGAUUGAGGCUGCAAAGAAAACGGAAGAGGAGGCGCAGAAGAAGCUGCUUGAAGAAUCACCUAACAAUCAGAUUGAACAAGAGAAUGUAUUAAAGGAAGAAGAUGACGAUAAUGCUUGGGACUAUGUAGAAGAAGGGCCUGCAGAAAUAAUCUGGCAAGGAAAUGAGAUAAUUGUCAAGAAGAAAAGGGUUAAAGUCCCUAAGAAAAAUGUGGAUGAGAAACCUAAAAUUGAGGGUGCUGACAGACCUACAUCCAAUCCUCUUCCUCCACAAUCUGAAGCUUUCAUUGCAUAUAAGAACACAUCAUCUAUUUCUGCGCAAGAGGUCUUUGAGAGUGUUGCUCAACAAAUCCCAAAUUUUGGAACUGAACAGGAUAAAGCUCAUUGUCCUUUUCAUAUCAAAACUGGAGCCUGUCGUUUUGGGUCUCGUUGCAGCAGAGUUCACUUUUAUCCUGAUAAAUCUUGCACAAUGCUUAUCAAGAACAUGUAUAAUGGACCUGGCCUUGCUUGGGAACAAGAUGAGGGGCUUGAGUACACAGAUGAAGAGGUUGAGCGGUGUUAUGAAGAGUUUUAUGAGGAUGUGCACACAGAAUUUCUGAAGUUUGGGGAACUUGUCAAUUUCAAGGUGUGUAAGAAUGGUUCCUUUCAUUUGCGUGGGAAUGUAUAUGUGCACUAUAAGUCCCUGGAAUCAGCUGUUCUUGCAUAUCAUUCCAUGAAUGGUCGCUAUUAUGCUGGCAAACAGAUAACAUGUGAGUUUGUUGGUGUGACCAGAUGGAAGGUUGCAAUAUGUGGGGAGUACAUGAAGUCUAGGCUCAGGACAUGCUCACAUGGUACAGCCUGCAACUUUAUCCACUGCUUUCGAAAUCCUGGUGGAGACUAUGAAUGGGCUGAUUGGGAUAACCCACCUCCUAAGUACUGGGUCAAAAAGAUGGCUGCUUUAUUUGGUCCUUCAGAUGAAUUGAUAAAUGGCAAAGACAUGGAGCCAGAAACUGGGGGGCAACUGAAGAGGUCCAGCAAUAAGAUAACAGCAAAUUGGGACAGGUAUUACUCAAGAAGCCGCUCAACAAGGUCUAGAUCUAAAGAUGUAGAUUGGUCGGAUGCUGGUUCUAGUAGAGACCAUGCCAAGGAAAAUGAUGACCACCAACAAAGUAGCCAUUUGAAGAGGAACAGACACUUAAUUAUUGGUAGGAAGGAGAGAAGUUCUCAUGAUAGGAUGCGACAAUCUGAAGAGAAUUUCUCUGAAGAUGAUAGAUAUGAUGGCAGGAUCAGUCAUGAUUCUGAUUCGAGUGAGGAUUACUCUGAUAGGGAUGACAGAGAACGAAAUAGUAGUUAUUCAAGAGAGUAUCUCCAGAGAAAGGGGAUGGAUCAUCCCAAUGGUCACAGAAGAACUGACAUGAAAGAUGGAUUACAAUAUCAUGAUUCCAGUAGAAAAUAUUCAGAUUUACAUAGAGCCCGAAAGCACAGUCACUCAAGCAGAAGAGAGGGCUCAAGUACACAGAUAAAGGAGAGCGAUUCUCUUGAUGAGGAUAUGAAAUCAGAAGAAUGUGGUGAAGCUUAUAUUACUAGUCGGUAUGAUGGUAGACAUACAUCACAUGAUCAUGAUUCUGAUCACCACACUGAUGAUAGCAUGGACAAAUGUGGUAGUUGGGAAACAGAAAGUUUCCAUGAGGAGCAUGAUAAAUCCAGGAGGAUUGAUGAUGAUCAACAAAGGUAUAAUUGGAAAUACAAAUCCCAUGGUCAAAACUCUGGUUGGAGAUAUCAUGAAAAAAGGUCCAGAUGCAGUAGGCAAUCUGCCCAUGACAGACACUCAAACAGUAGGCAGAAAGAGAAACAUAGAUCUCACACUCAUGAGCGUGACAAGGUAUAUAAAUACCAGAAGCAGGGGUCUGAUGAUGAGUGUUCAUCCUUCAAUAAGUCUGAGGGAAAGUCAUGCCAACAAGAUGAAGCUUACUACUCUGUGCCAAAUAAUUCAAAUAACAGUCACUCCACCCCUGAAGAAUUUGGGGAUAAUUCCGACAAUGCUGAACAUGAGAAGAAAUAUAGAGUUAGCAGAAGGGGUAGAGACCGGAGGAAAAAGUAUGAGAGCAAAGAGGUUGCGGAGAUUGGACAUAGCGUUGUGGGUAGAAAAGGUAAUGCCUCUAGGAAGAGAUUGAGAAGUGAAUCUCCUCUUCAUCGUUCUAGCAGAUCUAAGAGAGAGGAGCCACUGCAGAAAUGAUGCAUAGAUCUCCCACUUGGAUGUCUUAUGGUUUAGCUUAAACAGAUUUUGAAAUUCUGUUUUAGCCUUUUAGCUAUCGUCAGGUGUCAUGUUCAUAUUCCAACUGAAGGUAGUAGACUUGCUCCAAGGAAGUGGGAGCAUGUGAUGUAGUUUAUAUCUCCAUAUCUUACUUUGGAGUUACCAAUUCACUGA